AUGUUCAGUCGUCUGGCCACCGUCCUCCAGGAGCUUUCUGGAGAAGAGGGUCAAGAUGGAGAGACUCAGGCGGGCGAGCUCACUCAUCAGCUUCCUGCCGAGGUCGUCCAAGCUCCGGCAGACGCCGAGGCCCCCGAGGAGGCCAUGGAACGUCUGGCCCACCUGGAGCAGCUGGUGGUGCAGCUGAAGGAGCUCAUCCGUGACAAGGACACGCAGCUGGCUAGCAAAGAUGCACUUCUCAAGAACGAGAGGGAGACGAGCGAGGCUCGCUUUAGUAAACUUAAGCUACAGGCAAAAGCCAAGAUAACCUCCCUCAGCAAGCAGAUCGAUAAUUUGAAGGUUCAAGAAGGAACGACCAGCCUGGACAACUCUUUUUCAAAAGAUGUGGCUGCGGAAGACGACCUGCAGGAGCUACAAAACAAGCUCCGUGAGGAGGAGGCGAACAGCACAGAGUUGCGAGCUCAACUCCGUGCUGCCGAGGAGCUGCUUAAGGAGAAGGAAGCCGCCCACAACGAGCAGUUGAAGCUUCUACAGGCGGUGGUGCAAGACAAGGAUGUGCGCUUCCAACAGCAAAUUCAGAAACAUGAAGAGGAGCUGCAGAGCGCCACGACGCAAACGUCCAAAGACGUCGAGCUGCAACAGGCCCUUCACGACGCCCAGCGGCGCUGCGAGGAGUUGGAGGAAGCCUUGAAAUCCCGUUCAAAAGUGCUUGAAAUGCUUCAGCAGGAAGUCAUCAGUGCAGACCAGCAAAAACAGAUUUUGACCGCAGAGUUCCGGAAAAUGGAGGGGGAGCUGGCAGAAGCCCUUAAGCAGAAGCAGGAAUGGGCCCAGCGUGCAAGCGACGCCGCCGCCGCCCUCCAGGAUGCACUGGAGCGAGCCAAAGAGGAAGCGGCGAGGCACGCGAGCGAUCUUUCCUCCCUGAGCGAGGCGGCUAGCGUCAACCUGGAGAGGGAGAAGACUGAAGUUGCCAGGCUGGAAAAAGAGAUGGAGUUGAUGACCAAGAGCGUCCAAGCGUGCCGUGAGGGUUCAGAGAGAGACAAGUUGGAAAUAUCUCGCCUCGAGAAGGAGCUGGCGUCUUCCAGAGAAGCAGAGUCAGACGUUGUCAAGGCCAGCCGGAGCGAUCUGGAGGAGACAAAAGUGGAAGUAGACAAGCUGGAAAAUGAACUGGCCUCUUUUCGACAGGCGGCCCAGAAAAAGAACGAAGUCUUGGCUGAGAUUUGGAGACAUUUGCAACCUCUCACCCUUGUUCAGCCAUUGGAUGAUGUAAUGAUCCCAGAAGACCUUUCUAUUAUUCUGGACACUGUGCUGUCCAUUGAGACACAAGUAACUAAGUUGAAAGAUGAUCAGAGAGAGAGUGAAGAAUGUUGUGCUGAGCUCAGAAAUGACAUAAAGGCACUGCAAGAGCAACUUGACACAAGCACCAGUGAGAAAGAGGAGGCCAUCGCCAAGGCUCAGCAGCUGGAGCAGCAGAUCAAGCCGCUUUCUGAAGGCGAUUCAGUGGAGCCACAAACAGAUGCGUCUCAUGAAGCUGACAGAGCGACCCUCAUGUUACUGAAGCAGCAGCUAUCCGAAAAAGACAAUGAGUUGAGCGUCUUGCAAGAACGUCUGCGUGUGGCUGAACAAAGCGCCGGUGGUGUCGCAUCUGCUCAAAAUGUCGAUCAACCUCCAGGCCAGGUUGAGGUUGACGACUCCGGAGAUAAUUCUGCAACGCCUCCCGACAGCCUGGAGGAUACCCAAGAAGAGGAGACUACCUUGGUCGCUGAGGACUCAUCCAUCUUCUCCAUUUCCGCUGGCAACGAAAGCAGCCCGGAGCUCCUCGAACAUCAGGAAUCCCCUGAGGAGUCCAAAGGAACUUCUUCCGACGAGAUGGUCACCAGCACUGAUUCAGAGGUGGCUCACAGCAGCUGGACUCUUCUCGAAGCUGUGAACCAGGACGGACGCCAGGAUUGGCCGUCCGUCGUUCAGGACUUUGGCCAGCUCCAGUCAUGGGAGCAAGAAACCUCCACAAUUUCAGCCACGUCGUCCUCUCUCAUAAUCCAUGAGAAUGUUUCGCUUCACGUCACUCAGGAGGAUUCUUCCACUGAAAAUGCUCCCUCGGGUGUUUUUGCUCAGGCCAUAGCAGAGGAGCUCCAGAAAAGAUACGGGGAACUUCUGGCUGAACUACAAGCACUCAGAGAGGCCGCUGCAGAGUCCCGUAAGAAGAUCGGUAGUCUAGAAGAAGAAAUGCAAAAGCUCAUUGCUGAGAAAGAAGAGGUUGAAGCUCAGGCCAGAGACUUUGAAGAGGAGCUCAAGUCCGCCAGAGAGGAACUACAAAGUCUUACCCAGCACAACAGCUUUGAGGCGGAGAAAUGGAGUGCAGAAAUGCGUCUUCUAGAAGAACAGAUUGAAAUUCUAUCCAUUGACAGAAAAGCCAAGGAGCAGGAUAUACAGGCUCUCCAGGCCGAUAUGCAAAUGGCUCGCCAAGCCAUCUCCAAGCAUGAGAGCCAAGCCCUGAUGUUGAGUGCACAGCUAGAUGACAGCGCGCUCCAAUCCUCCCAGCUGGAGAGGAAACUUCAAGAUAUGGAGAACAGCAUGUUGGAACAGUUGCAGAUAUCUGCUCUUGACAGCGACUCAUUGUCCAAGAAGGACUCUGAGAUCAGUGAGCUGCAGCGCAGACUCAACCAGAAAGAGCAAGAGAUGACAGAACUCGAUGAAAGCAUGUCUGCAAAACUCAGCGAGGCAGCAGAGGAGCGAGUCCUGGUCAACAGUGAAGUGGACAAACUGAAAGCACAACUUGUAGAACUUAAGCAGUUAAGAGAAGAGUCCCCUGCGCCGGAGGAUGAGGAACUCGCAAGUUUACGGAGUUCCAAAGAAGAGCUUGAAACACAACUGGUAAGCACACGAAAAAAGUUGCAGGUCGUGCUCGUGCAACGGAAAGAGCUGAUGAAGAAGGUGGCUGAGAUGGAGAUGGAGGCAAAGAACAAUGAAGAAAAAGACACGGCACAAUCCGAAACUCCUCCCGAGGUUCAAAAGGCUUCACUUGAGGAGAUGGAGGUCAAACUAGCGGAGCUGGAGCAAACGUUGAGAUCUAAAGACGAAGCAAUCGAAACCCUUCAGUGCAAGAUGAUCCAACAGGAGCAACUUCUAUCCGAAACUCUUGCGCAGAGCAAGGAUAACGAAACAGAACAGACCGAUGUUGAAUCUGACAACUCCUUGUUACGAUCGCAAGUAGCCUCCCUGGAAACGGAAUGCGAAACCCUUCAGAAGAAGGUCACGGAGGCCCAAGAAUCUCGCAAGGAGAGCAUCCGCAAAGCCAAAGAGAAAGACCGGCAUCAUCGGGAUCAGCUGAAGCAGCAAAAGGAUGAAUACAGCGAGCUCUUGGAACGUUUUGAUCUACAGAGUGGAGAGCGUGACGCUCUUCACACGAAGGUGAAAGAAUUAGAAGAAAAAAUGAGCCGCCAGGAAGAGGAGCUUCCUCCUCGGGAGAACAAGAACCUUGUUGAAAACAUUGAGAAAAUCCCAGCUAAAGAUUGGGUCCAAGAAGACUGGGUUGAUUUUGCAGCAUCUGAGACUGAUUCUGAGCAAACUCGAUCUGUUGUUGAGGAAGAGCAACUCGACAAACAAUCGGGGGAUCUCCCUGUUCAAACGGAGGAACCCUUGAAAGUGCUCAGAGAAGAAAUCCAAAUGAUGCAGGUGGCAAACCUGGAGCUUGAAAACGAGCUUCAGCGAACUCAAACCAGUCUUUCCCAGAAGGAGAUAGAACUGCAAGAAGUUAGAAAGGAGAUACUAGCAUUACGGGAAAAUGAAAGACAGAUUGAUGCCCUCUCCGAUGAAAUUAAUGAUCUAAGAGAAAAGCACCUUCAAGCUGAGUCGUGUGCUGAGGCCUUGAAAGCAGAAAUGGAAGCUGCAACCGUCAUAGCGUCGUCUCAGUCCGCCCACUCGAUUGCGGCUCUUCAAGCUGAAGUGGAGGAGUUCAACCUCUUCCUGGACAAUAAAAACCGUGAGAUCACUGAGCUAAGCCAGCAGCUUGGUGAGCAAAAUUCCUUCAUACUCUCAAUACAAGACACUGUGGGCCACAAGGACAAACUGAUUGCAUCCUUAGAGCAGGAGCUUAAGGCAGAACAGGAGAAAAGUAAGAAGUUGGAGGUCGAGGUUCCCCAGAGGCAAGAGGAGGAGGAGAGCGAAACCAAGCUUCAACAGCUUCAACGUAAGCUUCAGGCGGCACUGAUCUCUCGCAAAGACCUGCUAAAAGAGAACAAAACUCUGAAGGAACAGCUGUCCUCGAGUGAGACCCUCAUCAUUGAACUAAAUCAGAGGAUGCAAGUGGCCCAAGAUGAGCUGGAGAAACUCAAGACAGAACGCACACGGCUCAUUGACGAAGUGGACCGCAUGUUAUUAGAAAACCAAAGUUUAGGCUCGUCCUGCGAGAGCCUCAAGCUGGCAAUGGACGCCAUAGCGAGUGAGAAAGACGCCUGUAGAAGAGAAGGGGAACUUGCCAAAGAGGAAGCCGCAAACAUGUGCAAAGAAUGGGAAGAGAAGGUCCAUGGCAUGAAGGACGAAUAUGAAACCCUGCUCCGCUCUUACGAAAAUGUCAGUGACGAGGCGGAGCGCAGCAGGCUAGUCCUGGAGGCUGCCAGGCAGGAGAGACAGGAGCUGGCGUCCAAGGUGAGAGCCAUUGAGACCUCGAAGGAGGAAGCUGAAAUGCAGGCUGAGGAAGCCCGCAAAGAAGUGGAGUUGGUGAAAGACAAAAUGAGGAAGUUUGUCAAAGCCAAGCAGCAAAAAAUCCUGGAGCUGGAGGAGGAGACGGAAAGACUUCGCGAGGGGCAGGAGAAAGCAAAAACAUCAGAGGAUGAAGCUCAAACCACUGAGCUUAACAGACUUCGGGAGGAAAUGCAGACUUUGAAAGUUGAGUUUGACACUGCGGUGGCAGAAAGAGAUACUUUAAAACAGCAAAUGGAACAGCUGAAGGAUCAAUUUGACCAAGUGCAAGCACAAGACCUCACUGGUCCAAUGGUAACAGACGUCCAGCAAUCAGAGCCCGUCGUGACGGAGGCGGAAAUGAUCGAGUCCAAAGAUGCCUCAGAGCAGAGUCCAGAUGACUACAUAAGUUCAACCUCUGCUCAAGUGGUUGGAUCAGAACUGUCAACUGAUCAUGAUUUAUUAGACAACAAAUUGAAAGCGAUGGAAGUUGCUCUUGAUUCUGAGAAGGAACGCUGGCAGGAGCGGGAGGCCGAACUAAACGUUAGAAUCUCCUCUCUUGAGCAAGAUCUCAAUGAGAGCAACGAGAAGGCCAUUCUGAUGGCCUCCUUGGAAGAACGUCUGCAGGAGGGCAAAGAACAAGAAAGGUGUCUGAUCGAGGAAGGGUCCAAACGAGAGAUCCAGUUCAAGGAACUCCUCAGAAACCUGGAAAGUGAAAAAGACAAGCUUGAAGACCGUCUGAUGUAUCAGCUGGCCCAACUCAACGGUAGCAUCGCCGGCUACCAGCAGGAGGCAGCUGACUGCCAGAAACAACUUUCUGAGCUUCAGCAGGAGUUGGAAAGGUUGAAGAGGGAACGAGGGGACCUGGAAACCGAGGUCCGGGCUCAGACAGACCGAGCGUCCCGGCUGGAAGAAGACGCGAAGCAAGCCCAAAGGCAGAGGGCCGAAGCCGAAGCGGAGAUGGGGAAACAGAGGGAGCUGGAACAGCAGCUGAGGUCUGCUCACAGGGUCAAAGAAGGCAGCCAGAGCCGAGCGCGUCAACUGGAGGAACUCUUGAGGGAAAAACAACUGGAGGUCCGUCAGCUUCAGAAGGACAGCAUCCAGUAUCAAGAAAGGAUCAGUGAACUGGGAGUGGAAGCAAAGGCCCUCCAGUUGGGUCACAAUGAGCUCAGCAAGAACCUUGAGCAAUCUCAAGAGAAGAAUUCAAAAAAUCUGGAGGAGCUGAAGAGAACCGAAACAGAAUUGGCAAACUGUAAAUCCAACUUGAAUGAAACCAAGGAGCAGUUAAACCAGGCCAUUCUUGAAAAAACGACUUUAGAAAAGAAUAUCGGACAGAAAGAAGCUCUUUGGAAAGUCGAAGCGGAGCAAAACUUGGACUCUGUGCGCUUCAGAUUAGGAGCUGAACUGAAGGAGAUGGAACUGAGACUGGAGGAGGCUUACAGCGAUCGGGACAAAGAAGAAGAGGCCACGUCGGUAGCUAGAGAAGCCGCACAGGCGGCUGAGAGACGAACGCAAGAGAUGCAGGCCCGCCUCGACGAGUCUCUCGCCCGACUCGCCGCCUUCUCGCGCUGCAUGUCGUCGCUUCAGGACGACAGAGACAGAGUUCUGGACGAGGCCCGUCAGUGGGAGGCGCGCUUUAACGACGCUCUGCUCGGCAAAGAGGCUGAAAUUCGGGACGCGGAAACCAGAGCCAAGAAGCUAGCGGAGAACCUUCAGAACGAAUGUUCUCUCAAAGAAGAACUCCAGCUCUCAUUGGAAAGGUUAGAAAAAAACUGCAAGGAACAGCAACUGAAAUUGGAUGAGGUGGAGAAGAACCUAAACGAAAGCCGGGCCGAAGCGGAGAGGGAGCGUGCAAAGUUACUGCAAACCACUACAGAGUUGCAGUCGGCGCAAAGCGAAGCGCGUCUUCUCAAGGAUGAGGUAGAAGCCCACAGCCAGCGGUCCCGCGCUCUGGAGGAGGCAGUGGCUCGUCUGCAAGAGGACAUCGGCGGGGCCCGGGCCGAGCUGCAAGAGAGGGAGGCGGAAUAUCGCCGUCUGUGUCUGACCUUGGAGCAGCUGGAGGCAGAUCUGCACACUUCCAAGGCCUGGACUGAGGACCUGCAUGUGGCAUUGCACGAGAAGGAGAAGAGGGAAGUAGAAAUGCUGGAUGAGAAGGAGCAAGCUGUUGCACAGGCUGCCGAAGAUGCACGCACGGAGGCGGAGGGAAGGGCGCGAGAUGCUGAGGAGGAGCUAGAGCAGAGGCGAGGGGAACUACGAGACGUUCAGGAGCAACUGCGUAAGGCCGAGGAGGUGAGCGACGGCCGGCGAACCAAACUGGACUCCUUCACGAAGGCCAUGGGCUCCUUGCAAGACGACAGAGACCGCUUGCUCAACACAUACAAGCAGCUGGAGGAGAAACACCUUCAGGUCAUGAUAGACAAGGAUGCUUUGAUUCAAGAAGCUGCGAGCGAGAACAACAGUCUUAAAGAGGAGCUGCGCUCCUUGCUGAUCCAGAGGGACGACCUGUACGCCGAGAAGGCCAAACUGUCUGCUCAGCUCCACGGUUACCGUGACGAACUCAAGCAAGUUCUCAGCAUGAAGGACUCUCAACACAAACAGCUCCUCGCUACCCAGCGGGAGCGUAUCGCCUAUUUAGAGAAGGAACGUGAUGACCUAGAGAAGGCGCUGAGAAACUCUGCUGAGUCUGAGACGGUCAAAGUGGAGCAGAUGACGCCAUUGCAAGCUGGCACCAUUCCUGGGGCUGAGGUGGAGAAGCUGAAGGAGCAGCUGGAGGCAGCCAGAGAGCAGGCACGAGCUCUGGAGGAGAACCUUCUCAAGGAAAGGGAGGAACACAAGAGUGAGACCAAAGAACUCUCGGAGCUGCGCUGGGAGGGAGGAUUGAUGCGCACAGAGUCCGAAAGCGCUCAGGAGAGGGUGGCCGAGCUGGCUCGGGACCUGCUAGCCGUCGAGCAGAAACUCCUUGAGGAGAAGGAGCUGGCGGCGCAGCUGAGGGCGGAGAACCAGUCGUUCGGUAAGGCCAUGGCUUCCCUUCAGGACAGCAAGGACCAAGCGGAACACAAAGCCCGCCAGCUCGGCCUCAAGCUGGAAGAGCUCAGCAAAGCCGGAAGCCCCUCUACAAACACCGCCGGAGAAGUGUGGAGCCUGAAGAACGCCUUGCAAGCUUUGCAAAACGAUAGAGAGAGACUGCUGGAUCAGCUUCAAGCGCAGACGUCGCAUCUGAAGACCCAAAAGUCGGAAUUGGCUCGCCUGGGAGCGGGAGAGCUCAUCAAAGUCAGCCAGGAGCUUUUUGAGGAGAAGAACAAGAACACGCAACUGGCGAGCAUCAUCGAGGAGAUGGAGAACACUGCGGCCCAGGACAAGCAAGAAAUAGAGACGCUCAGACUGGAACACAUAGACUAUUUAGCCCAAGCUGAGCAGCUGAAGCAGCAGACCCUGAGCGCGCUGUCCGAGCGCGAUCAGCAGCUGAGACAGCUCACCGCCAUGUUGGAGGAGGCCCGUGCGCACACGCCCAAACGCCAGAAGGAACACUACAACGGAGAGGCCUCACAGGAAGUAGACAGUGCCCCCGGUGCUCCUCAAGAGAGAAGCAGCUUGCAGGAGGUGCGCACCUCCCGGACGGAGCUGUUACAGCUGCAGCAGAGAUUAGAGGAAGAGAUGCAGCAAAGACUGUCAGCUGAAGAGCAGCUCAUGGAGGCCCAGGAUCGACUGAGGCGCCAAGCCAAAUGGGAGGAUCAUUCCGAGACGGCCGUUUUUAUCGAGCCGCCCGAAGGCAGCGUCACACGGACCCGACGAGGCACCACCGGCAGCUUUUUACGGGCACUGCGCUCUGGCGUAUGCUGGCGCCGCCGCACGCCACUGCUACUCGGCGUCUAUCUGUUGAGCGUGCAUGUGCUGCUGCUAUUGUGCGUGGGUGGCUACCUGUGA